CUUUCAGAUUUGUGGGGGUGGAUUGUUUACAAGCAAAAUUAAUUAACCACAGAACUUGGGCAGUUCAACACAAAUAGGUCACAAAUAGAGCUAGCUAGCUGACUAGACUCGACUGAGCAUGCAGACUUGCCAGUGGUGGAGAUGGAGAUAUCUUUAACUGUGGAAGAGAGGUUGGACAAGCAGAGAUGGUACAUUGGUGAGGUGACCCAGGAGGUUGCAGAGUCCCUACUCUCCUCCAAUAAACAGCCUCACUCCUUCGUGGUCUUCACUCAACCAGACACUCGACAGUACAUUCUCAGCACAUUCACUCCGUUUCCACUGGAGGGACUGGAGGAUGGAGUUAUUGAACACCUGACCAUUCUCUGUGAGGAGGGAAGGUGGUGCAUCACUGGACAGACUGACGAGUACGAUGAUGUCAUCGAGGCUGUAAACUGUUAUGCAUUGACCUUUGACCCUCCACUGAUACCACUGAUGCCAGCUCUCCAGGAAAAAAGUUUCCUAGCACCCCCCGAAUACGACAAAGCCAACAAAGCACUAAAGCCCGACAUAGCCCCCCUACCAGAAGUUAAAGUGGCCGACAAGAAAGCAGUGGAAGCUCAGCGUGGGCGUAUCUCCCCCAUUCGAAUACGAGGUAUUGAUGACGAGUGCAGAGAUCCCGUGUGGUUCCCAAGUGCUCCUAGCUAUAGUAGCAGUACAGGGAUCCCACGCACGUUCAUACGACCUUAUCCGAUAAGACGUUCCUCAUACCAUGAAAGGAGGAGUACCUGGCAUCGGUACAGCGAGCUCCAUCGCUGUCACCCUAAGAACGUUUGCUCAGGUUGCUUCCAUGGACCACAGUUUUGGGAUGGAAAGGCUUACACCCGUAAUUCUGCUCGAAAGUGGUAUAAUCCGUGGGGGUCCGGGCCACUGAGAGUGUUAGGACUGCUCCUGUUCUUAUUGUUCUGUUUUCCAUGCAUCGGUUGUUACAAGUGCUGUGUCGUGACCGUUAGAUUCUGCUGUUGCUGUUGUUUUGAUCGUGGUCAUAAUAUGGAUACUGAUGAUCGCUGGUCCUAUUGACACUGACAAUCACACAAUCAUGUUUUUAUAUAAUUAUAGCAUUUCUUAUUAAAAUUGCUAAAUGCAGAUAUUUGCAAUGUAAAAGGUGUUCACUCAUA